AUGGGAGACUUCAGAUCUAAGUUGCGGGCUAGAAUUUCGCGACGGCAUUCGGGCAUCCCGCCGCUCCCGUCCAGCAGAAAUGGCAACGCCAGCAGCAAUAGCACCAAGAGCGUGGAGCCCAGCUCUCCGGCGAGCGCCCACCGCGUCGAUGACGCCGAGACAGUGGCCGCCGCUCCCGAGAACCAGGAUGGCAGCCACACCCGGCAAGCCACGGGAUCAUCCGAGGAGCAAUUGAAACAAGGCGCAAAGCAGCAGCAACCAGGCGGAGUGCUUGCCAAAGUCAGCGAUGCAAGCAACGGAAGGGACGGCGAUGGUGUUACGGGUUCUGGCAGUGCUGCGGUCAGCCAGAACCCAGAAAGUGGCCCGAAUCCCACUAACAAUAGCCUGCCAUUGCCCGCCUCACCAGGCCCCGGCAAAAGCGAUGGCCCCGGCAAUGAUCGCCGCAUCCUGACAGCCAGCGAACCCUUCAGUGGCAACAAAAAUCCAGCCGAUGCCCUUCAGCAAUUGUCCCAGUCGUUGCCGCCGUCGCCAACUACCCGUCCCUCGCCCGCCGAUGAGCCCAAACCCAAAGCGCACAGAGUCUCCACCGAUGUUGCCCGCCGAGCCCGAGUCAGCGACCCGCCCGUGAGCUCAGACCUGUCUAGCCCGGGCUCUCGACCCGCUGCCUCUGGCCGUCCCUCCUUCACCCUUCACGACCCUGUGGACCCGGCGUUGAGCAUUCAAUUGCGCCCGUCGAACCCGCCGAAUCCGACGAGCCCUCGUCCGCCCGCGCCGCCGAGACGGCAGAGCCUGCUACCUAACCGACAAACGUCGCUGAUUCGGACGCUGCUGAACGCUGGGCAGACUGAUGACCUCGACCAGAGCGCCUCGGAUCAACUGCCGCCCAUCAGCCCGACCAUGGCUACACGCAAGCUCUGGGUGAAGCGGCCAGGCGCUUCUGCCACCUUGGUCACUGUUAACGAAGAGGACCUAGUUGACGACGUCCGCGAAUUGAUCCUCCGGAAGUAUGGCAAUACGCUCGGCCGCCAGUUCGAUGCACCCGAUUUGACGUUGCGCAUCGUGCCCCGCGAGACCCAGAGACAAGAACGUAUCUUGGGGCCUGAAGAGCCAAUGGCUCGUACCUUGGAUGCAUAUUUUCCCGGUGGACAGUCGGUAGACGAGGCGUUGCUUAUCGACGUACCGCAUCGCCGCACGCCGCGCGCCUCCCCGAGAAAUGGCCCUCCGCAUGCACAACACCUCACCUCGGUCAGCUACGAAGAAAUGCGGCCCCUCGAGGGGAGCACCGAUUACUUUGGGCCCGGUGCCGUUGCCCAUAUCCCCGUUACACUCGCUGGCGCCGCGAACGGCACCACCCAUUCCAUAUCAGUUUUGAACACAGGGCAAGUUCCUCAAAUUCCCUCCCCCGGCGGGACUACACGAACACGGCCUUACCGGGACCGGCCCGAUAGGCCACGGCUUGGGAGACAGCACACGUCGUCCCCUACCAUUCUCAACGUUGUCGGCGCCGGCGGGCACACGGCCACCAUCGCCGUUGCGACCAACCACGGUAUGCAGCAAGCGUCUUCGAUUACGCGUUCCAGGACUCAUUCAAAUGCUUCUUCAGAACAGACGAACACCGGACAGCCCGCCCCGCCCGCACCCCCCAUACCGACACCCCCGACCCAGGAACCGACGGCUGCACCUAUUCCCCGAACUGCCACACCCCCGCCGCCGAGAGCGGCUUCACCUCGCCCUCCUCCUACCAGCCGGCCAAAGAAGAAGAAGACGGCCGAAGCUCCCGCGUUACCAGCAGGCAUGCUCAACGGCGGCGUGCCGCCAAUCAAUGUACUGAUUGUCGAAGAUAACAUUAUCAACUUACGACUCCUGGAAGCGUUCGUCAAGCGGUUGAAGGUGCGCUGGCAGACUGCUAUGAACGGUCGCGAGGCUGUCACCAAGUGGCGUGCCGGCGGCUUCCAUCUGGUAUUGAUGGACAUCCAGCUGCCCGUCAUGAGCGGGCUUGAAGCCACUCGCGAGAUCCGCCGGCUCGAGCGCACAAACUCGAUUGGCGCGUUCUCAACCGCGAGCAACGGCAAUAACAGCAACAACACCAACGGGGGUGAGCCAGAUGAAUCGAAAAAGGAGAUGCCAGAGGAAGAUAAGCUUCAAAACAGGGAGAUGUUUAAAAGCCCAGUCAUCAUUGUCGCCUUGACGGCGAGCUCCCUGCAAAGUGAUCGUCACGAGGCGUUGGCUGCAGGCUGCAAUGACUUCUUGACUAAGCCGGUCACCUAUGUUUGGCUCGAACGCAAAGUCAUGGAAUGGGGCUGCAUGCAGGCAUUAAUCGACUAUGACGGCUGGCGGAAGUGGAAGUCGUACACCUCGAACCCGGCACCGAAGCCAGAGAUCGAGGAGGCUUCUGCGAAGAAGGCCAAAACCAAGAAGAACCGGGCGGCUCCCAAUAGUUCCUCCUCGGACGGCCAGUGA